AUUUGGCUUCGCACAGCAGAUCGACGGCAUGGCGCCAUCAGCCUUCAUCUCGGCAAAAAUGUCAGGCUCACAACAACUAUGAAUCGCGACUUAUCAGUUUUUGCUGGUCUCGAACAAGACGUCGCUGCAAUGAGUCCCGCAUCAUCCCAAUACUGAUCGCAGACGCGCCACAAUGACAACCAAUACGGAUCGCGACAUUGAUGAGCAUUCAGAGAUCGAGGAGGACGAGGUGGUGCAGAAUGCUAGCAGCAACCGCCGAAGAAAAACAAAAGACGCCAACCAUGACGACGGCCCAGCUUGUCACUCGUGUCGCAAGAAGAAGGCCAAAUGCUCUCGAACUCAACCAUGCACCCAAUGCCAGCGGUACAAUGUGGGAUGCGUCUACGAGGAGAAGAAAGCUCGUCCGGGCUUUAAGACUGGUGCUAUCGAGGCUUUGAACCGGAGACUUGAUGCUCUUGAGAAAAUGUUCCUUGGUCAAGGUGUUCUCUGGGAGCAGGUGUUGAAGAGUCUCAAUGGUGGGCCAAAGCACGUCGAUCUCCCAACUCCGUCAACAGGAAGUCUUCAAGAAUACUCGCAUCAUAUCCAGCAGUAUUUUUCAUCGCUUGCUGUUCGCAACGAUCAAGACGAUCAUGAUCUAGAGCAACUCCGGCCUGCAAAGCGCCAACGUACACACGAUGACCAUGUCCUGCUGCAAGCUGGCGACGCAGAGCUCGAGUUCAAGAACGCGGGAGAGCAAGCUACGUUACCGCCGGACGACUUGAUGGACUCUUUGAUCGAGAUAUACUUCACGAAAAUUCAUCCCUGGAUUCCGAUGCUUCAUAUUCGCAACUUCCGUGAGGCGCUGACGGAUCCAGUCUUGCGCAAGAAAAAGUCGACCAUUCUACACGCAAUCACCUCGCUCUGCAUUCGAUUUUCAGACGAUGCUCGCUUGCGCGACUCUGGGCUUCGGAGCGCCUAUGCGCAAAGAAGUCGGCAAAUUGUCAUCCUUCGCAGCAUGGAGUCAUUCUCAAUGGAAAAUCUGCAAGCUAUGAUCAUCUGCGCCUUUGAUAUCAUCGGUAGUGGACGUGGGCCCUCUGCAUGGUCGAUCAUCGGCAGCAUGACACGCACCGUUGAGCAUUUACAGCUCUCCGUCGAGGAUGAAGAGCUUCCAGAACCCAAACCGUGCCUUAUUCGACGACUUGCGUUCCUUCCACGUCCGACUUGCUGGACUGAGGUUGAAGAUCGGAGACGAGUAUUUUGGAACAUAUUCUUGAUGGAUCGCUUCUGCAGCAUAACCACAGGAUGGAAUCUGUCCUUGACCAGCGCAGACGUGCGGCGGCGCUUGCCUUGCGAAGGCGCACUUUGGGAGAAGGGACAACCGCUUGAGGUGCCCACCCCGUACUUUGGUGUUUCCGAUCAAUCACGGAACUCUGGAAGCACACUUCCCAUGGCUCGUCCGGAGGAUGACGAUCAAGUCUCACUCGGCGGCUUUGCGUACUGCAUUGAGGCGACUGAAAGUCUUAGCCUCGUGACAUCUUUUUUCCUCCAACAAGCUGUUGACAUGACUAAGAUGAACGACGUCCAGCUUUGGCUGAUGCGAUUCAAAGAACUUGAUUUGAGACUUAUAAGAUGGAAGAUAUUCUUGCCCAGCCGUUGGCAACAAGCAUGCGCGCUCAAUGCCGACGGCAUAAUGGAUCCAAAUCUCACGCUCGCACACAUCACACACAACACUGCUGUGGUACUCUUGCACCAAGGCAUUGCUUAUCCUCCUGCUGAAUGGGAGAAAGUCAGCAUGCGGCUGCCUUCAGCUUCGAGUGCAGAGACAUGUCUCGCUGCAGCAACAGAAGUUUCCAUUAUUGCCGAGAAGUUCUUGCAAGGCUCUCCCAUAUUGACAAAUCCGCAAUUCGCCUUCUGCUUAUUCGUCAGUGGUCGAGUGCUCUUAGUACAUGCAUCGUACUACAAUAUCCAACUGUCCUCAGCCUUUCAAUCGAUUGUCGAUAGUCUAUGGGAGAUCGGUCGAAGAUGGAAUGGCCUUGCAGGUGCCUUGGAUACGGACAAUCUUGCGUCGAAGUUUGCAUCCCGCUUGCUUCAAGCUAAGCAGCAAGGUUCCUACUUUGGAGACAUACGCCAUGCUGCCUAUGCGCAAGAUAGCGAUCAAGAAGGAUCGGGACGUGUGCAAGCCGAUAGCGCAUCGCUCAUUGGCUCUGACGCGCCUUGCCAGCAAUCAACGAAGUUUCUGGCGCAGAGGACCAAUGGCACAUCAAUGGAGACGACAUUUCUCGAAGGAAAUGUUAUGCCGUCGGAUGGCCAAGAUUCCCCGGAUAGUAUAUCGAUGGCUUUCCCCCCCUUGCCUUUGGCUUUUCAGGGAGGUAUGACUCUGCAAGAGCCAAAUGUUGCUGAAGGUAAGCGGCCUGCUCAAACUGCUAUCCAACACCCUCCUUCAGCCGGCUUGGACACCCCUAGCCUCGAAUUCGGCAACCUGAAUCAGUAUUUUGACUAUGACUACAUGUCGUCGCAGCGAAUCAGCAUGUUUUCCCAAGGAGGACAUGAAUGAUGAGAUCCAUCCAUCGGUACGCUGCAUGGAGACAAGCUUUUAUAUAACAACUAUCUGUCUAGAUGGUUAGACUGCGUUUCCAUUGGGCCUGUCUAACUCGCAAGAGAAUUCGAACAUUGAAAGCUUGAAGGUUACACGGGUUGGUUUGCCGUUCUGAUCCCGUACAAAAUAACUGCUCAAUUUACGAAAUGCAUCCCACAGUGUUCGGAACAGUAGAAUACGUUCUAAGACCCU